AUGGGCGAUUACAAUGCCGCAUUGUCUGCGAACAGCCCGUCCACCCCCGGCUUCAACUACUCCCUUCAAGGACUGCCCUACAGUGAAACCCGGGCAUCCAAACCUCCCAUCCCGGUCACGCGCUCAAUCUCCUCGUUACAUCGACUUGCAGACUUGGACCCUCCGCUGACAGGGGACACCGCGUCCAUCUCCUCCAAUAAGAGAUACAACCCGCACGCGUCACAGCACGAUGGAGACGGCCCUCGUACCCAACGUGCAGGCUCAAUCUCCGCCAGAGAAAGUCAGACCAGCACCACGCUGAGCUUCAACACAAGAACUCCUACGGUAUCCAGCCUGACCUCGGCCACCCUAAGCAUUCCUCAGAUCCGCGUCAACGAGACAGCGUUCCGCGAGUCGCAUGCGGACCGGGGCAGCAAUAUCAGCACAUCUGAGAGUGGGAGAUGGUUAUCGUUGGGCCCGUCGCGGUCGAGUUCUGCUACAUCGCUCAAAGAGACGGGCAAAGACACACAAGAGAGGUCCCCGGGAAUCAAUGGUCUAUCCUUGGAUAUCAACCUUCCUACAACUGGAUUCGGCGAAGAACUGCUUCCCACAACCAACAUAGAAUUCUCCAAGAGGGGGAGCAUGCUCAUUGAUGGGAGGAGAGUGAACCAGUCUAAUCGCAAAAGCUCACCGAACCUUGCCCCGAUCAUGGAUGAAGAAAGAAAGACGGGCGGAGAGCCCACUAUCCCAGAAGCGACGGCGAGCGACGAACCAUCGGCACCCGCAGCCGUAGCAAGGACUCCGAAUGCCCGCCCUACGGGCAAGAUCCUCUCCGCCGACGAAGAACUCUUGUCUGAAAAGGUCCGCGCAUUCUACGCCGCCGGAACGGACGGUCAACUUGACACCGAUUCCAACGUCAACUUGGCAGUGCGAAUGGGAGCUCGAUGGCAGUCGACACUGGCGACCGAUGCCCGCAGUGUCAGCAAUCCUUCCCUGUCACGCGCCACUUCCACCACGGAUAUUUUCGAAGAAGCCAACAACUCGAGGCAACCAAGCAUGGCAACAUCGACCUCUCAUUCUUAUCUGGUUCCAGAUCGCGAGGAGAACGAGCUUGCAGGCGGCUUAGAGGACUGGAAGGAUGUCGACAACGCCGAUGUGGAUCGCUACGGCUUUAUCAUCGCCAGGGCGACCACAACCGCUGACGGCACCGACGAUGCCAAAGCGCAACGGCUGACCCGAGUAUCAACCAGCUUACAGCUCGCCAGUGAGACGCCCCGGAGGAAGAACACUCUGCGCCGCACUCCGAGCAGUGCACACGGAUCUCUGCGCUCGUUGCAGAGCAAACAUGCGAGCCCCGAGAACACUCCACCUCGUCCCGUGAGCUCCCAGAGUGCCUAUGCGCGCCCACAACGUCGGAAUGCCUCGGGCAGGAUCCCGAUACCAGGCUCCAAGAACCGUCGUUUGAUGGACUCGGCCAUGGAUAUGCUGACGCUGCCAAACUCGGCACAAUCGGUGGUAGAAAAUGGCCACGUGCGCAUAGACAAUGCACGGGCGCGGCGGAAAGAGCUCGAGCGUGAGGCGAAAUGGCGGCGAAUGGCGAAAGCCAAAAGUCCCUCGAAGGACCCAAAAACGGGUCUACCACUGGUGGGCGCCGGCUCGGAGAGUGAAUACACCUUUGACACGACAAAUCCCAAGCUCGUCGAGCGAACAUGGAAAGGCGUGCCUGACAAGUGGCGCGCAACCGCAUGGCACAGUUUUCUCAGUGCGUCGGCUUCGAAGCGGAAAAACUGCCUCAGCGAUGCCGACUUGAUCUCCCUCUUUCAUUCGUACCAGGACCAAGCAAGCCCGGAUGACGUGCAGAUCGACUUGGAUGUGCCGCGGACCAUAUCUUCGCAUAUUAUGUUUAGGAGAAGAUACAGAGGCGGCCAGCGUCUUCUGUUCCGCGUCCUCCAUGCUAUGUCGCUUCACGUUCCAUCAACUGGGUAUGUCCAGGGCAUGGCAGCCCUCGCGGUUACAUUGCUAGCGUAUUAUGACGAAGAAAAAGCCUUUGUGAUGCUGGUACGAAUGUGGGAAUUGCGUGGCUUGGGAGAACUAUACAAAUCCGGCUUUGGCGGGCUGAUGGCGGCUCUGGACGAUUUUGAAAAGGGAUGGUUGGAUCAAGGGGAAGUGGCGAGGAAAUUGGAGUCGCUGAACAUCGGGCCCACGGCGUACGGCACGAGGUGGUAUCUCACUCUGUUCAACUAUGCCAUCCCCUUUCCGGCGCAGUUGAGGGUGUGGGAUGUGUUCAUGUUGCUGGGCGACGAUAUCACGCCGAGAGACUCAUCUGCGAUCCCUGCCCCGCAGCCCGGCACGUCGUCAUCAAACGAAAACACCGACGUGGUUUCGUUUGGGACAACCUUGGACGUCCUCCACGCCGCGUCUGCGGCACUGAUCGACGGCAUGCGCGACAUUCUUCUCGAAUCCGACUUUGAAAACGCCAUGAAGGUCAUGACCAGCUGGAUCCCCAUCCAGGACGAGGAUCUUUUUAUGCGGAUCGCACGAGCAGAGUGGAAGAUCCAUAAUGCGAAGAUAAAGGGACGGUGA